AUGCCAGGCAUUCCAGUUCGGAAUUUUACGACGGAUUGGAACGAUGGAAUAGCCAUUGGAGCUCUCGUGGAUGCAUGUGCUCCUGGUCUUUGUCCGGAUUGGGUUAGUUGGGAUCAGAAGAAACCUCUUCGUAAUGCUACCGAAGCAAUGACAGCUGCGGAAAACUGGUUAGCUGUCCCUCAGUUGAUUCGGCCAGAAGAAAUGGUUGAUCCUAACGUCGAUGAAAAGUCUAUGAUGACCUACAUCAGCCAGUUUCCUAAUGCUCGUCUCAAAGAGGGAGCACCGUUGAGAGACAAACUGAAUCCUUCAAAAGUACGCGCAUACGGUCCAGGCCUUGAGAUGAAUGAAAACAGAAUUGGUGUUCCAGCUAAAUUCUAUGUGGAAACAGUUGGUGCUGGAAAGGGUCAAUUAGAUGUACUCGUAUUCAAUUCAAGGGGUGUCAGAGAAACGUGUGAAAUUGUUUUUGAUAACGAAACAAGUCAAACCUAUUCUUGUGUAUAUGAACCGCGUGUAGAAGGUGAACAUCGUAUCGUUAUUAAAUUUGGUGGUCAAGAGAUACCGAAUUCACCUUUUCGUGUUAAUAUCAAAGGUGUAUUUGUGGAUCCAAGUAAAGUGACUGUCAACGGUCCUGGACUACAGAAAUCAGAACUUAACUGUGUCGGUCGACGUACCUUUUUCAAUGUGGUUACGCAUAAUGCUGGAAACGGAGUAGUCGACUGUUACAUUGUUGAUCCACGUGGUAGAAAGGAUACUGUGAAACCACGUAUCACUUGUCCUGGUGGAGAUGGUUGUUUUCUUGUAGAAUACACACCUAAAGAAGUUGGUAUGCAUCAAGUGUUUGUACAAUUCGCUGAGAAACAAAUUCCUAAUUCUCCAUUUCAAGUUGAAAUAGCACCAAGAGUUCAUCCUGAAUUGGCUUAUGCUACUGGUAGAGGUGUCCAAUCACGUGGUGUACGUGUACAAGAUCGAGUGCAAUUCUCUGUUCAUACUGAACAAGCUGGUGAUCAAGCUCCUCUUUCAGUCACUAUGACUCGUGCAGAUGGUCAAAGUGAACCUGUGGAGGUUCGUCAAACUGAUAAAUUUCUAUGGGACUGUUUCUACAAUCCACAACGACCUGGGAAGUACACACUUAAUAUUCGAUAUGGCAAUGGACAUAUUCUACAUAGUCCGUACACUGUUGUUGUCGGUCCAUAUAAGAAAUCUGCUAUACGUGCUUUUGGACCAGGUUUAGAAGGUGGAAUCGUUAAUUAUUCAAAUUUAUUUACUGUUGUAUGUAAUGGUGAAGGUGCUGGACUAGGAUUCUUAAUUGAAGGUCCUAGUGAAGCAAAAGUUGUAUGUCGUGAUAAUGGUGAUGAUUCAGCUCUUGUAAGUUAUACAGUCUCACAGCCUGGUGAAUAUGCUAUUCAUGUGACCUGUUAUGAUGAAGAUAUUCCCGGAUCUCCGUUUAUGCCUAUAAUAGUUUCUAAUCUUGAAGAUAUUCAUCUUGGAAAGUUGCGUGUUCAUGGUCCUGGAGUGGAGAAAGAAAAUCUUACUGUUGGUCAACAAACUGAGUUUUAUGUGGAUGGUUUACAUGAUGCUGUUCCCGCUCAAAUAUUGCGUUCGACAAAUGAAUCUUUAUUACAUAUGAAUUGUCAUGAUGCUACAGGGAAUCCAGUACCUGUUCAGUCUCGAAUGCAGCCGGAUGGUACAAUAGUCUAUACAUAUAAACCUUUAUCUCCUGGGAUUCACACUAUAUAUAUCACAGUUGCAAAUAUAGCAGUCAAUGGUGCUCCUUACAGAAUUAAUGUUGCACCUGAAAUACAACCAGAAAAAGUGAAAUUAUGGGGUCCUGGUUUACAAAAUGCUGUUAGGAAACAACCAACUCACUUCUUUAUUGAUCCUCAAGAAGCAUUUUCAGGUGAAAAUGAAACUGAAUUAAUGAUCAAUAAUCCAGUAUCUGUAAAUAUUGUUGACGAUCAAGGUCAUUCAAUCUCAGCACGACUUAACAAACAGUCAGAUAAUACUGUUCGUGUGGAAUACAUUCCAUCCUCGUUAUGUUCAAAUGUUCGAAUUACACCUUUAAUUGGUGGGAUACCUGCGAAAUCACCGAUUCAAGUACCUGUACAAUGUGGUUUUGAUGUUUCUAAGAUUAAGAUAAAGAAUUUAGAUACCAAGGUUUAUAAAGCUUCUUAUGUCAAGUUUACUAUUGAUGCAUCAGCUAUUGAUUCACAUAGUGAAGGAAUUAUUAGUGCUGUUCUUACGGGACCAAAUAAAGAAAGAUCAGCUUGUCAUGUUGUAAGCACCAAAGAUGGCAAAUAUAUUUGUAAUUAUACUCCAUUAGAAGAAGGUGAACACCAACUAGAUGUAACCUAUGAAGGUUUAGGAAUCCCAGGAAGUCCUUAUCGUAUUCUUGUUAUUCCUGGUUGUGAUCCAAAUCGAGUAAAAGCUUACGGUCCUGGUCUAGAGAAAGGACCACAUUUAAAACCAGGUGUUCAAACCAAUUUCACAGUUGAUUUAACUGGAGCUGGUCAAGGUGGUCUUGGAUUAGCAGUUGAAGGUCCAAGUGAAGCACCAAUUGAUUGUCAAGAUAAUCGAGAUGGAACAUGUACAGUUUAUUACACACCGUCAGAACCUGGUGCCUAUUCUGUAUACAUACGAUUCAAUGAUGUCAAUGUACCAGGUAGUCCAUUCCAUGUAAGUGUGAACGCUAAAGUUGAUCCUAAACAAGUCAGAUGUUAUGGAUCUGGUCUGGAAUCAGGUUUACUACGUGCUGGAUGGCCAGCAUAUUUCACUGUGGAUACAAAAAAUGCUGGUGAUGCACGUUUACGGGUCAUGUAUACACCGAAACCAGGUGGAGAAUUACGACCUGCAAAUGUUCAAUCUCUCAAUGGAGGAACAGAUAAAGAUUCAACACAACAGCAUUACUAUAAAGUUGCGUAUACACCGGAAGCAGAUGGACCCUGUCGUAUUGAAGUUACUUAUGAUGAUGUUCAUAUUCCUGGAUCACCAUUCACAGUGAAUAUUCGUAAAGCCUGUGAACCUGAACGUGUUAUUGUUCUAGGUGCUGGAGUUGAAGGUCCUGUCUUAGCUAGUCUUCCAGCAACAUUUACUGUUGAUGCUCGAGAUGCAGGUGUCGGGGAUCUAACUCUUGGCCUUACAGAUCCAAAAGGUCAAUCUGUCCCAGUCAGAGUUGUCCCAUUACCUGUAGAUAGUGAAUCUAUUGUAACGAAUGGAGUAGUUCCUUCUGUGACAAGUUUAGCAUCUGGUGAUGUAAGCGACACAGGAUUAUUGUCGUGCACAUAUGAACCCUAUCUAAUUGGACCUCACAAUAUUCAUGUUAUGUUUGCUGGUGUUGAAGUGGAUAAUAGUCCAUUCACUGUUCAAAGUGUGGCUACCGGUAGAGCUGACUUAUGCCAAAUCAAAGGUGGUGUAAAGAAAGUUAUACCAGUUGGCAAAGAGAAUGUUAUUACAGUUGAUACAUCACUGGGUGGUAAAGGUCGUUUAACGUGUCAAGUUAUUCAAAUUCCAACUAAGCAAUCAACCACAACUGCUACACUACUCCCAGUAGAAACAGAAGAUAAUGGUGAUGGCAGUACAUGCGUGUAUUACACACCUACACAACUGGGUGAAUUAAAUGUGGAGCUACGUUAUGGUGGUCAAUUAAUUCCUAAUGGAGAAUUUGUUCAGAAAGUAUUAUCCAGCGAUGAAAUCACUGAAGAAGCAUCACGUCAAAGCAUGUAUCGCCCAGUUGUCUUCCGUCUUCCAGCUCCUCGAAACAAAGCUAAUGUCGAAGCUGUUGUACUACGUCCUUCAGGUCUACAACAUCAAGUCCCUGUUAUUACAAAUGAUGACGAAACAAUUACAAUAACAUAUGAUCCUGUGGAACAUGGAAUGCAUGAAUUAUGUGUAAAUAUUCAUUCAUUUGCAAAAUCUGGUUCACCGGAUAGUACAUUCACUACACCUUUGCAAGGUAGUCCGUACAAAUUUUAUGUAGAUAGUGCUGGUACUGGUCGAAUUACUGCUUAUGGUCCUGGAUUGAGUCAUGGUACUACAUCUCAGUUGGCUGAGUUCACUAUUGUUACAAAAGAAGCUGGUGUUGGUGGUCUUUCAGUUUCUGUUGAAGGUCCAUCUAAAGCUAAAAUUCAAUGUGUUGAGAAUUCUGAUGGUACUUGUAGUGUAAGCUACCUACCUCUUGCUCCUGGACAAUAUACAAUUGCAAUUAAAUUUGCAGAUGAACAUAUACCGGGAUCACCAUUCACUGCUAAAGUAACUGGUGAUAUCUGUAAACGUUCUCAAGUAAGUAUGGGUGCUCCAAGUGAUAUUGCUCUAGAAGCGGUCGAUGAAGAUAUUGCCACAUUAACUGCUACUGUUCACAGUGCAUCUGGUCGAGAAGAACCCUGUGUACUGAAAAGUUUACCUAAUAAUCGAUUAGGCAUUUCAUUCACACCUAAAGAAGUUGGUGAACAUUUAGUUAGUGUAUUUCAAGCUGGAAAACAUAUUGCUAAUAGUCCUUUUCGAAUUCGUGUUUCUGAAAAAGAAAUUGGUGAUCCUCGAAGAGUACGUGUUAGUGGACCUGGUUUAAUAUCUGGUUUAUCUAAUAAACCGAAUCAAUUCACUGUGGAUACACGAGAUGCAGGUUAUGCUGGACUUAGCCUUUCUAUUGAAGGACCAAGUAAUGCAGACAUUGAAUGUCAUGAUAAUCAUGAUGGUACAUGUACUGUAAUAUAUACUCCAACUGAACCUGGUCAAUAUGUUAUCAAUGUGAAAUAUGCUGAUGUUCAUGUACCAAAUAGUCCAUUCUGUGUUGAAAUCGGUGGAGAACCUUCAGUGAAAAUGGUUGAACGAAUUACUAGACGACGUGAAGCUUCAAAAGUUACACAUAUUGGAAGUCGAUGUGAAUUGAGUCUACGUGUUUCAGAUACAAAUCCAAGUGAUUUGUCUGCAUCAGUUACAUCUCCAUCAGGUCAUACUACUCGUUGUGACGUGAUACCUAUUGACAAUGAACAUUAUAAUAUUAAGUUUAUACCACAAGAAAUGGGUGAACAUUUAGUUACUGUUAAACAUAAGGGAAUUCAAAUAUCAGGAAGUCCCUUCCACUUCACAGUCGGUCCAAUUACAGAUGGUGUAGCUAACAAGGUUAGAGCAAUAGGCCCUGCUCUUCAAGAAGGUUGGACACAUGUUACCAACGAGUUUUUUAUAUAUACACGUGAAGCUGGUGCUGGCACAUUGUCAAUUGCAAUGGAAGGUCCUAGCAAAGCAGAGAUUGAUUGUGAUGAGAGACGUGAUGGUUCUUCUGCUGUACUUUAUCGUGUCUCUGCGCCUGGUACAUAUAUUUGUUCACUGAAAUUCAAUGAUGAACAUAUUCCAUGCUCACCUUUUCGUAUUCAUGUUUCUGAUUCAACACAAACUGGUCGUAUAGCAUCGUAUACAGUACCAUUUCGUUCUAGUGAUAUUCAAUCUGCUCGUAGUACAUCUAGUAAAGAAGAAACUCUUCGAAUUGGACGUCCAAUAGCAUUCACUGUACAUCAUAUCGUGACUCCUGGUCAUAUUUUAAAGGCGAAGGUAUCAACUCCUUCAGGGACUCAUGAAGAUGCUAUUGUUCAACCAAUUGAUCAAGAUCAAUUUGUAGUUCGAUUUAUUCCACGUGAAGGUGGUCCUCAUUUGGUCCAUGUACAUUCAGUACCUCUUAAAGAUGCCGAUAAUCCGGAUUGGAGUUUUGGAUCUACUUCAGUGCAUAAAUCAAUUCAAGGUUCACCUUUCCGUUUGGUUGUCAGUCAGCAUGCUGCAGAUCCUGGUAUGGUAUAUGCUACUGGUGAAGGAUUACGCAAGGGGAAAGUUGAUGUCAAAAAUGCCUUCUUUGUUAAUACUACCAAUGCUGGUUCUGGUAUUCUAAAUGUAACUGUGGAUGGUCCUAGUAAAGCAACUGUUACAAGUCAAGAACAUGAUGAAGGUUAUGCAUUUUUUUAUACACCAACUGUUCCAGGAAUAUAUGAAAUUACUAUAAAGUAUGGUGGUAAUUUCCAUAUUAGUGGUUCACCGUUUCGAGUUGAAAUAAGUGGAACUCCUAGAUCAGAAAUUUCUGAUUCACGUUCUGAAGAUCGUCAAUCGAAUGUGAUUUUAGAAACUGUUGGUAAAACAAUGACUGGUAUGUCAGCUACUAUUGAAUUAGAGAAUCAAAGCUCAGGAUCUCAUCCUGAAUAUGUCAGUUGUCAUGGACUUGGAUUAAAACGAGCUGAACUUGAUCGUGUCAAUUAUUUCAAUGUUGACGCUAGUCAAGCAGGGAAUGAUGUUCUUCUGAUCGGUAUUUAUGGUCCAAAACAAGCAUCCGAAGAAGUAGUUAUCAAACAUUUAUGCAAUAAUCAAUAUACAGUAUCAUAUCGUGUAUUUGAAAGUGGUAAACAUUAUUUAGUUGUGAAAUGGGGUGAUCAACAUGUUCCCGGUAGUCCAUUCCUUAUUAAUGUCCAGUAA